CACCAUCGAACCCAUCCUCGAAUAGGAAAUUCCCAACCUCAUUGCGACCCUCUGCACGUCGGAGAGAGGACCUGCAGAGCAAACCGUGGCAGCGUGGAGGAAAACACUUGAGGAUCUUCUGUCAGGUUUUAAUUUCUACCCCUGAACCCCUGAGCCUACUCGUAGCACUGGCACUGUGAAGGCGCCAAGAUGCCCGCAAUGCUCGACGACCCCGACGCUCCAACGAUCUACCGCAGCUCUGGCGCUUCACCCUUCCCAGACCCUCACGAUACCCAGCCUUCUCUCCCCGUUGAUGUAUACCCCCGCCAAAUCACUCUGCGAGACAGAGUCACCGUCGCGACUAUCGUGCCCUUCUCCUCCCGGCAUCAAGUACCCCCUUCUCUGCUUGCCUAUCUCAGCGAUCAGCUCAACAAGGAGAUAGAGACGGGGGACACAUAUCCUAUGAUCGACACCAUGUCGGUGGACAAAUUCGCUUCCUACUGGUUCCAGAACUUUGGGGCUGUCAUGCUGCUUGGACAUAUCGAGAGCGCGGACGAGGUCAUUGAGGGCAAGAACUGGGCUACGGAAUGUUUGGGAAGCUUUUACAUCAAGCCCAACUAUCCCGGCCGGAGUAGCCACGUCUGCAACGCUGGGUUCCUCGUCACAGACGCAGCACGGAACAAAGGCGUGGGCCGACUCAUGGGCGAGUCGUAUCUCGACUGGGCCCCGCGACUAGGCUACACCUACUCCGUCUUCAACCUCGUCUACGAGACCAACGUCGCCUCAUGCCGGAUCUGGGAUGCGUUAGGGUUCAAGCGCAUCGGGCGGGUCAAGGGAGCGGGAAACCUGAAAUCGUACCCGGGGCAACUCGUCGACGCGAUCAUCUACGGGAGAGACUUAGGGCCGGGAGGCACCGAUUUCGCUCCGAUCCGCAGCAACGCACUAUAAGCUGCUCGAGAAUGAUAAGCUCAUGCUGAAGGACAAGGAGGUGAUCUCAGAUCCGCAGAAGCAGUACGAGAUUGCGCGGAACGUGCACGUGCUGCAGCAUGGGGGAAUCAACAAGACGACGGCGACGAUUGCGGAGAAAUAUCA